CUCUUACAAUCCAGUCGAACGAGCUCUGUCCAGAUCCAUUCUCAGUAGUUGUACUUCAAGCAUUUUAUUGAGUGAACGUUUCGUGGAUCAGUUGACUUGAAGACAAUCGAACCAGACGCUGGGCAACUGGGGAUCUCCGCCAAGUGGACGCUGAUUGAUGAACGCAGGAUGAACCGUCACGAGGACAUCGUGUGCAAGGGCUGCGGCAAGGAGUCCUUCACGGGCCGGUGCUACCACUGCCUCUCCUGCCGCGACUUCGACCUGUGCGCGGACUGCUAUGACCUCGACUUCACCACCGCCGAGCAUCCGUUCGAUCAUCCGGUGGUGUGUGUGUUCACGGUGGCCGACGUGGAGCUGUACUUCGGUGGCGAGUACAUCAGCAGCGAUCCGCCGCAGAGCUACCGUUGUCCGUAUUGCAAGGAAUGGGGCUUCAACGAGUCCACCUUCCUGGAGCACGUGUCCGCCAUGCAUCCGAAUGCCAGUCCGCUGUUGGUGGCCACCAUGGUUACGCUCUUCGAGCAGCAACAGGCCGCGAGGUUGUUCCUGGAGGACGAGCAGUUGGCCUCCAUUGCGGCGACGGCCAGAUCGCGCAAUCAGCAAAUGCGACGCACGGUGGGCUCCCUGGAUCUCUACCUGGAGCAACUCAAUCCGGAUGGCAGCUACCGGAGGGCGUCGGAGAACGAAGUGCCCACCAUAUCCAGGGGCAAUGAGGUGGUGGCCAGGGAUCGGGUCUAUCGUGUGUCACGUCGAGGUGGUGCGACACCGGGAAGGAGCAGCACUUCCGGCAGGAUCUUCGGCACUCGGCUGGCAGCCACCGUGACCAGAUCCUCUGUCAGAAACAGCAACAACAACAACAGCAGUAACAACAACAGCAGUAACAACAACAACAAUAGCUCCUCGAAUGGCUCCAACAAUAGCAACGCCUUGGAGUUGGAGGACGAUGUGUUCCCCAUUGCGAACAAUCCCCGCCUGAAUUGGCUGCAACGCAGUCCAGCGGCGGUGGAAAGACUGCGUCUUUCUCUCACGGACACGGGACACACUUUGCCACCUGUGGAAAUGCAAGGAGAUACGGCUGCCCCCAUCACACAUCCUGCUCUAACCGAGAUGAUGCGCUUCUACGGUGGCAAUCUGCAAAUACCACAGGACUCACCCAGACCGCCAGGAGUCCGUUUAUUCAACCCAAAUUCUACCAACUCACCGCAACCGGUCAAUAGUAGCAAUGGCAACCAGCGAAAUGUUUACGGACCGACCUCGUCUUUUGGUUCAGCGCCCAGGAACUUCUUUUUGGGACCGGAUAUUUUUCCGCGCGAAGAGCGACGAAGGACCGCCCGGAUGCCAAGUGGUGGACUGCCUCGGCUGGGUCCAGUUUCCCGUGCCUUGACCACUCGCAACGUGGACUUUAGUGAAGCACCCGUGGAGGAGACGAUACUCAACAUCUCAUCGGUGGAGAUCCUGAUGAGAUCUCUGAAUGACGAGCACGCAGCGGUGGUCAAGCAAAGGGAACAGGAACGCAAGCGGUUUCUCUGCUAUCGCUUCCUGUCCCCAAAGACACCCAAACGUCCCAAGGAUAAUUCCCUGGCACUGCGAGCCGAGUUCGUGGCCCACCUGCUGUCAUCCGCCUUGUGCGAAGAGGACUUCCAGGGGAUAUCCUUUGCAGCCACGGGAAUUAUGAACCCAAAACCGAAGACGGUUUCCAAUGGCGGAAUCGCAGGAGCCGGUGAUGCCGAAAAGAUCUCAUCUCCCUAACUUAUGAAAUCUGUUUUCUGUACCAUUUGUAGCUGUGAUAAGCAGUGCAUUUUCUUAUACCUUUUAUAUUGUUUAAAUUUCCUGUUUACGAGACAAUUUUGGUAGCAUUUGGGCUUUGAACGCCAGUAAAUUUGUGGCAGUCUUGGAUUUGUUUUCUUAAAUGCACUCCCUUUUUUAAUGUUUUUAAAA